CAGUACAUUACAGCAUUGACAUUUACACGAAUAUUUUUAUAAAAAAUGAUUAAUAUUCUUUCCAAAAAUCUAUAAAUACGAUUUUAAAUUGAAAAAAAAUUACAGUUUAACAGUUGAAAGAAAGAAAAGUAGUGUUGAAAUAACUGAAUCAUAAAACGGAGAAAAAUUAGCUAAGUUUAUUCGUCAUUAUUUAUUGUUUUUUUUUAUUGAGGGGAUGACAGCGCCUAGAUUGUACUCCUAUUUUUUUGCUAUUAAUUUCAUAUUUUAAAUUUUUAUAGAAAAAUACUUUUUUAUAAAUCAAUUGAUAAACAAUUGAAAUAAUUUUUUUUAUAUAAUUAAGAAAAAAAGUCAAAAACUUAGCUUGAACAAAAUUGGAACCGAAUAGUGUCAAUAAUAAUUAUUCUAUUUUUAUACAUACUUAGUUGAUUGGUGUAAAACAAUAGUUACUGAAAAGUGAAACGAAAAAUAAUUAUGAUACAAUUGAAACAACACUCUCCAGUAGUGCGUUGGUCGGAUAUUUAAAAAUUUUUCAUCAGUGCUUAUAUACUAUCUAAAAAAAAGAGAUGUUUGAUUGUAUCAAUGGAAAAAAAAAUAAACGUAGACUACAACAAAUAUUAUAUGGUUUUUAUUGAUAAUUCGAUAGUUUUAUUGAGUUCAUGAGAACUGAAAAAAUGUAUGGAACAUUCAUAGUCAAUUACUUUGACAGACGUGAAAUUCCAUUUCAAAUUAAUUAUCAUCAAAUUACCAUGAGUAAAACGAAAUUGACUUAUUUGCUGAAAUUAUUUAUUUACUUGGGACUAUCAUUAGUAAUUAUUAGUCUUUUACCAUCAAGUAGGGCUUCAGAACCUUUACGAAAUCCUUACCAAAUAUUAGGAGUAAAUAGACGUGCUACUAUUCAAGAAAUAAGAAAAGCUUAUAAAAAUCUAGUUAAAGAAUGGCAUCCAGACAAAACGGAUCAUCCAGCAGCAGAAAAUAAAUUUGUUGAAAUAACAAAAGCUUAUGAAUUGCUAUCUGAUCCUGAAAGAAGGAGAAAUUAUGAUAAUCAUGGCAUAACUGAAGAAAAUUCCGGAAGACAAAGACGUUCCACUAAUUUCCAAAUGCCUGAUCCUCUAGAGGAAUUAUUCAGUGGAAAUUUGAAAUUUCAUCAUCAAAGUCGUGAUGUUUCAUUCUUUCACCGAAUGAGUGUAACUUUUAGGGCAUAUGAGAAUACAAUAAUUCCAAGGAGUUAUCGCACCCCGCAUUUAAUAUUAUUUUAUUAUGAAUGGUGCUUCACUUGUCUUCAAGUUGAACCGACUUGGCGACGGUUGAUUGACGAAUUAGAACCAAUUGGAGUAAAAUUAGUUACUGCUCAUGCAGAACGAGAAGCAGCUUUCGCACGGAAAGUUGGUAUUCACUCAUUACCUUGUCUUGCGUUAACAAUUGAUGGUCGUACAAGUAUUUAUAAAGAAUCACUAUUCAAUGUUCAAAAAAUAGUCGAUUUUGUUCGUAAUAAAUUUCCAUAUAAAUUAAUUCAAACCAUUAAUGAUGAUAAUAUUGAGAAAUUUUUGUCUGGUUGGGUGGAUAAUAAAAUUCGUGCUUUAAUAUUUGAGAAAAGAGAUUCACCGAGAUUGAGAUAUUUACUUAUUGCUUUCCAUCAUCGUGAACGAGUAGCAUUUGGAUUUGUUCAAAUAGGAAAACCUGAAACUGAAACAAUUUUGUUGAAGUACAAAAUUCCGAAGGAUUUAAAUACUUUAUUGUUAUUCAAUGAAAACUUUGAAAAGCCAAUGGCAUCAGUUAGCAUGAAAGACAUAUCAAGUGAGACAAUGCAUAAUGUGAUUACAAAUAACAAUUUUCUAACUCUACCACGGCUAUCGAAUCAAGCAAUGUUAGAUUCUGUAUGCCCACCUGAAUGGUUACGUCCGCAGAAACGUCUAUGUGCUAUUUUAAUUUCACAGAAUAGUGCAAUGCAUGAUUUAGCACGACACAAAUUUCGUCAAGCAGCUAUAGAAUCACCUUACAGCCCUGAGCGUGUAAGAUAUACAUACAUUUUCAAAGAAUCUCAGCCAGAAUUUGUGGCAGCCUUAAGUGCAGGUGAAGGAAGUCCAAUGGAGCCUUUGUUACACAUCGUUAUUAUUUGGCGACGUGAUGUUAAUCACCUAAAAUAUGAAUGGUUAACUAAUGGGUGGCUCGAAGCGACUCAAGAUGAAAGGAAAUGGAACGAAUCACGCAGAAAUUUAGAAAAAACUCUUCAACGUUUAUUACGACAUACUGAAGCCUUGCCAUAUGCAGCGAAAAUUGAAGAAUUAGCUGAUGAACAUGCUCAAGGAACAGUCGAUCGUCUUAUUGGAAGAGCUCUUUUAGCAGUUGACUAUAUUUCUGAUAAUAUUUCCAAAGAACAAAUUCUUCCCUUUAUUUCUGUAAUAGCUACAUUAAUGUUAAUUGGAGUUGCUGGUUACGGAAUGUCUUACUUAAGUAAAUUAGAAGAAAUAAGUGUACAAUCAAAACAUGGACACGUUAAAGAAGGCCGAAAAUCAACACAAAAUCAACCACAAUUAAAGUUACAUGAGCUAAGAGCGGAAAAAUAUAAUGGACUCGUUAGAUUGUUGAAGCCAGGAUGUCGAACGAUAAUAUUAUUAGUUGACUAUCAAAGUAGACUGAAACUAAUUCCAGCAUUUCACCGAGCUGUUUGGCCUUAUAGAAAAAAUAAAACGUUGAUGUUUGGCCACAUGUUAGUUGAACGUGGGUUAGAUUGGUAUAAAGAAUUAUUAUCAUUAAGCUUGAUAGAACCAAAGGACUUGAAUAUUAAUCCUAAAAAUUGUGUUGGGACUGUACUGGCUUUGAACGGACAUCGAAAAUAUUUUUGUAUGUAUCAUGCCAAACAUCCUGAAUCUAACAAAGAUAAAGGUUCAAAGCGUAUGGAGCGUAUUACGAAACAUUUUAGUCGUCAAUCAAAUGAUCCAGAAGCCGGAGCAUUUAUAGGAUUUGAUAGUUCAAGUGAUUCUGAAGUGUCUCAAGAUGAGAUGCCAAAUGGUGUUCUAUAUCAAGACAGGCUUUUGGAUGGACUACCAAAUUGGUUAGAUAGACUUUUUGAAGGUUCAACUCAACGUUAUCAUAUAAACUAUUGGCCCGAUUUCACUGCUAAAUAAUGUAUAACUUAAUAGGUAUUAAUAAUUAGUCACAUAUUCUACGGUAUUACAAUAUGUAAGUAUAAACUUGAUUGUCCAAAAAAAAUCAGGUAUCUCAUUUAAUCUAGUCAUUAAAUUAAAGUGCUAUUAGUAAUAUUUAAUUACUACAACUGUUAUUAAUUGAAUACAAUCCAAUUAAAGAAUGCAAUAAACACAAAUUAACAUAAUAAACAUACAUAUUCGUUUAUUAAAAAAUUAUCGAUAAAUUGGUUGAGAAUAAAUAAUAAUCACCGUUUUGCAUGUGUAUAAAGUAUGUCUUGAAAUAGUAUUCUAAAUUGCUAAUAAUAUCAGUUAUAAAAAUAGCCUGCUAUAAUAAUAAAUCAUUAUUGAGUAAUUUACGCGUCAGAUGAUUUCUUUGUUAUCAUAUAAUUACAUUGUACAUAUUACUGGUGACAUUGCAAAAUUUUGUGAAUAUUAUUAACGAUGUAUACCGAAAUUGAUCGAUUAAUCUUGUACGACUAAAUACAUGAAUACUAGUCAUUUAAUCGUCAAUAUAUACACAAACAUAAAAGUUAGCUGCCAAGUAAUAAUUAUUACUUAUGAAUAAUAAUAAUAAACAUAAUAUUGAUAAUAA